AUGAACGAUAAGAACUCAGCUCCGAGCAAAUUGAUUGAAGAAAGGCUUGACGAGAUUCGUAGAGUAAUGGGCAAAGUCGAUGAUGAUCCGUUAAGGAUCGUAGGUGUAGGAGCUGGUGCUUGGGGAAGUGUUUUCAUUGCAAUGUUGCAGGAAAAUUACGGAAUAUUUAGGGGAAAAGUUAGUGUUCGAAUCUGGAGAAGAGGAGGCAGAGCAAUCGAUAAAUCAACAGCUGAACAUUUGUUCGAAGUGAUCAAUUCGAGAGAGGAAUUGCUUAGGAGGUUGAUCAGAAGGUGUGCUUAUCUCAAGUAUGUGGAAGCUAGAUUAGGUGAUAGGGUUUUAUACGCAGAUGAGAUAUUGAAAGAUGGGUUUUGUUUGAAUAUGAUUGAGACUCCUUUGUGUCCUUUGAAAGUUGUGACUAAUCUUCAGGAAGCUGUUUGGGAUGCUGAUAUUGUCAUCAAUGGUUUACCAUCAACCGAGACGUCUCAGGUGUUUAAUGAGAUUAGUAAGUACUGGAAAGAGAGGGUUACAGCUCCUGUUAUUAUCUCUUUGGCUAAAGGUGUGGAAGCUGAGUUUGAGCCUCAUCCUCGGAUUGUAACUCCUACUCAAAUGAUCUACCGAGCGACUGGUAUUCCUCUUGAGAACAUUCUCUACCUUGGGGGACCCAAUAUUGCUUCUGAGGUAUACAACAAAGAGUACGCUAAUGCACGGAUUUGCGGGUCUGAGAAAUGGAGGAAGCCUUUGGGAAAGUUUCUAAGGCAGUCUCACUUCAUAGUGUGGGAUAAUAGUGACCUCGUUACUCACGAAGUAAUGGGUGGCUUGAAGAAUGUUUAUGCCAUUGGCGCAGGAAUGGUGGCUACACUGACAAAGGAAAGUGCUACUAGCAAAUCAGUAUACUUUGCACAUUGUACUUCAGAGAUGAUUUUUAUUACUCAUCUAUUGGCCAAAGAGCCAGAGAAACUUGCUGGACCUUUGCUUGCGGAUACCUAUGUAACAUUACUAAAAGGUCGUAAUGCGUGGUAUGGCCAGAAGCUUGCAAAAGGAGAACUUAGCCUUGAAAUGGGUGAUAGCAUCAAAGGCAAGGGAAUGAUUCAGGGGGUCUCUGCAGUGAAAGCAUUUUUCGAGUUGUUAAACCAGUCCUCGUUAAGUCUUCAACACCCUGAAGAGGGCAAACCUGUAACUCCAGCUGAGCUCUGUCCUAUCUUAAAGAUGCUUUACAGAAUUCUUAUAACAAGGGAGGUCUCGUGUGAGGCGGUCCUUGAGGCGCUGAGGGAUGAGACAAUGAAUGACCCGCGCGAACUCAUUGAGAUUGCUCAGAGCCAUCUCUUCUUUCAGCCAUGGCUUCUUGGUCAGAAACCUUGA